CACUGCCCCCAGCCAAAAUCACCAGCCCGAGCUGUCAUCUCAAAGCUAAGCCUUCUUGUUGAUCCCGAAAACGCAACCGAGGAAGAAUCCGAUGCCGAGUCCAUAGCCGAUACCGGAGUCGAUCCUUUGAAAAUUGCCCAGACCCCUGCAGCCAUAUUCGUCUUCGGCCUCAUUGGUAUCUGGUUUCCAGAGUUCACGGAUGGUCUUUCCUGGUUUUCGGAGCAACUCAAAAGGUGA